AUGCGAUCAAGGGUAAAAUGUUUUCAAGCCGAUCCAUUCUAUGGUCUUCGGGUUCUUAUGUCAGAAAUGUCCAUACCGCAAAGGCUGUGCGAAUCUGAAUUCCAAAAUCUUCUGGCUAACAGCGGAGGAACGGAAGCCCCUAUCACACCAAUUUCAACCCCAACAGAAUCAUCCAAGACGAAGGUGAAAAAGGCUCAGAUUGCCAAGGAACUGUGGGACGACGUAUCUUCUGCAGUGUCUGAAUUAAACGGGGACCAUGCCACGCGUGUCUCCAGUACAUAUUCCUCAAUCGCUCGUGUCGUGUUUUGGGAGCAGCGUGGAGAUGAGGUUCUGCUAAAUUGCCUACAGAAUCUCCUGAAGACCCUUCAAACUUGUUCCAGGGCAGACCUAAAGUCCAUAGCCCAAAAGGUCUUUUUGCUCUGCCAAAUUCUACAUGGAGCCCUUUCUGUUCCUGGUAACACAACCUACACCCUCUCCUCAAUGCCGCCUAUGUUUGUAAACAACUGGAUUAAAUCUGUCUUCAAGACUCUGUUAGUCAUUGUUCAAGCCCUCGUGCCAACUCUCUUUACUCGAAACGUUGAUUGCGUUGGAACCGCUUCUGCUCCUACGGAUGUCUUUGACACUACGGUUCUCCUACAGGAAGCCUUUUUUUCGCUGUUCUUCACCUCGGCGGGCGGGCUUCCUUUAGAUUUGAAAAGUUUAUUGCUAAAGGUGGUCCAUUGGUAUUGCCAACAGGACAAACGGCAAGUGGAAUGCUCUGAACUUGACGCUGCGCACCUUUGGUUUAACCUUUGCCUCAUCUCCAGCUACUGUCAACCGCCACCCAAAGCGUCGUUCGACACACCGCUCAAGCUACUUUCUCCCAUCCCUACCAGCUUUACAAAAUUUACCACCUUUGCGCUGGAGAGUCUCCGUGGUGAGUUGCACACUUCCUCUUCUUCCUCCAUUCUGAUCAACCAUCUGCCCUGGAGUCGAGGAGGUGAAUGCGAGGGUCCAAUAAAAACUGAUGUCUCGGUCAACAGUCCCUCAGAGUGGGAAAGGAUCUUAUCGUCAGUGGACGCCUAUGAGCGGUUCGUCUUAGAAGCCGAAUUCCGUCAAUCUCUUGUACUCGCCGGUCCCCUCGAUAUCUUCCUUCUCGACUUGGCGUCUGCCUUCUUCGCUACUACGAAAUCUGUCAAGCCAGAAUCUACUGACGAAAACGCAUCUUUGUUAUUUUGUGCGGAAAAUGCAAUUCUAACUCUAUGUAAUCUGCUGCAACUUCGAGGUGUCCACAACGCCCUUACAACGGUCUCAAAUGAAGAUGUCUUCAUCCAAGGCCUCGUCCACCUCAUCUCUCUGCACCCAGAACCUCUGGGUCGGUGUCUCACUGCUCUCUUCUGCAUCCUCGCCCCCACCCCUCUUACUCCUGUCACACUCUCCCGCCUCCACCUCCUCCCCCCGGAUUCCCAGCUCUCCUUGGAUCCGCAACCUCCUGUAACCUUCCGCCUCCUCGCCACUUACCUUCUCGAUGCUUCCUGCUCCCAUCCCAAUGUAAUUGAGACCUACUGCACUGCCGCAGUUAGUUCUCCCUUCACUGAUCUUCCCUCCCACAUGGCUCAACUCAUUUCUCUCCUUUCCGCUGCCUUCUCUAGCCAUGCCUCCAAAAAGACCCUUCUUUCUGCAAUCGUUGAUGCCCUCAUUGACCCAGCAGGUGUUGAUCUGCUUCGUUCUCUCCGUCUCGUAGUCCUACUGCGUUACCAAUUACACUAUAUAUUUGAUCCACCGCGUCAUCUAAACGCUCAAGUUCGGCCUGCCAUCCUCGGCUCGGAGAAACAGGUUGUUUGGGAGUUUGCUAAUCUAGCGGGUCGAGGGCCCUCUGAGGGCUACUUCUAUGAUCUUCUUCAUGGAAAGAGUAAAACCAGUUCUGCCACCCCUUCCACAAUGUGUCCUGCCCCGCCGCAAGAUGGGUUGGCCAUCAUGACAUUGGUUGCGCGGCAUGAUUAUGAUAAGGUUUUUACCAGCAUGCUGCUUCUAUUUGAUUCAUGGUGGCAGUCGACUCUCUUACACGCUGCUUAUGGGGCACAGUUGAGUUGGCGCCUAUUGGAAAUCCUCCCACCUUCUGCAGGCUUUAUGGAAGAGAUCUCCUCUGUUGUAAAUGGAGCUGAGUUUGAGAAAGACUGUGCACAUCACCGCAUCUUCUACCUCUUUGUUCUCUUUGACCGACUGCGUCGCCUACCCACCUCCAUUUCCUCCUCAUCUUUUACGUCAGGAAGUGUGGAAAAAGAAGCUAAACGGAGCAAACAUCGGAUUGAGGCCAUUGCUAAUGAAACCUUUAAAGCUCAGUCCUCGCGCUAUACAAAGUCACCGAAGCCUGCCUUUUCCAGCGUCGAAGGCUACGAAGUCUUCUUCUCCGUCCUGCGCAGUUACAAGACCCACAUGCCAGUUCUGCUCACGGAGGCCCUGAACCAACUGCGGAGUCUUCAGGGUAUCCUGAAUGAUAGGAUUCAUCUGACCGAUUCCAAUUUGGUGUUUUGGCGCGUUGUUGUCCACGCACUACGGACUCUGGUCUCACGGAUUCAGGUUGGUGGUAAACUUUACACGCCGGGAGAAUCAGAGCCGCCUCCACUAACGACGGGAACAACGUCCUCGACGAAAGGAGGAGGCAAUGAACCACCGAAGAUUUGCUCCACGGGUACACAGAGCUCUGGCUCUGUUGGUUCCUGUAUGGAGGCUGUGGAUACCAUGAGUCAAAUGAGGAAGAAACCUGGGCUCGACCCAGAGCUAUCCUAUUUCCUCGAUUCAUUUCUUCAAAUCGCUGUGAGUAUGAUGGAGUCUCUCUUGCAACAACUUCGAGUUGCAGUUGGGUUUUCCCGCAACGGAGUGAUAGAAUGCCUUUGUCCUGAUCGUCUCGUUCCCAGUGACACUGAGAACUCCUUCCUUCUCGACAAAGUGAUGACCAGACGUUUAGUGGACGCUUUGCGACAUGCCUCCAGCAGUUCUGAUGAAAAUGAGGGAGAGACAAAGACAGAAGGAGCUCUCCUUUAUACAUGGAACAGCCUUGUCCGUGACAAUGGUCCUCGAGAUUGGCCUAUAUCAGAAACAGACACCCUUUCUCAAGUCUCUUUUAAUCGCCUCAUUAACGUUCCUGUGGAAAGUACCUCCACUCCCAGGUCCAUCUUAGUUGGCUAUUUGCUCAAAGAGAUCGCACUAUUUGCAGAAGCUAUAGUUCAAAGCCCUCGAGGUUCUAUGAGCUUAGGAUCGGCUAACUCAAUUUCCAAGGAGGAAGCGAAUAAGAUUCUGACUAUUCUAUUCCGCCUACAACUCAACCCUCUGGUCUUCAGUCUUGGCAUCGAUCUCUCCAAUGUACUGCAUUUCUACGCCGUCCACAUCAAGAACGUGCACACAGAGGCUGUGUUAACACGCGCUACGGAAGACCUUGUUCUCGAUACACUCGUUUACGGCGCGGUGAAUGUCACGUCAAAGCGUCUGCGAGCGGAGAUCUUUGCCUAUCUGGAGGCAGCCACUGGUCUCCCUCGUGUGCUCAAACGUGUUAUCAGUGGUGAUCUGCCUCUUUUUAAAGCCCUUCAGUCCGAUCCUAUCCUGGUUGAGUAUCUACGUCUUUUCUGCUUUUUCCUCCUUAGAGCCAUCAAUCCGCAAUCCAACGUCGAAUUGUACACUGCUGCAGCGAACAAAGCUCUUCAAACAGCAUUGGAUGACAAAGUGGUUGCUAAUGUAGUCGCCUCUGUGCUCGAUAAUAAGGGAGACACGACCUCCAAACAAUCACAGCGCUACUGCGUCUUUGUGGAGCGCAUGCUUCGACUCAUUGCUACGCCUUGGGCUGGUUCGGACGAAAUCAAAGAACGAUGUCUACAAAUUCUUUUAUGGGAAUUAAACCAGCGAGGGUGUGAGUGUCCAAUCAGGGGUCAUUACAUCGUUUCUGGCAUGCGUUGUCUCCUUUUGGCCCCAUGGAAUCGUAUGGUCUCGUAUUACGGACGAAUCGCCGAGGUUUUGGCGAACUGGGCUGAAAUGGCGCAGACUCGUUUGACAAUUGAAAAAUGCGCCGAAACAAAAAAAAAUCUUCUUCUCACCAUUUGCGCUAUCUACGACUGCUUCACUCUCUUCCUUCGUGCCUUUACAUCUCCCACACCUGCUGAUAGCGGUAGUAUGACUCUUCCAGAUCCUCAUUACGUUGAGAAUCGAAAUCGCACUGCGGUUCGUGGUUUCAAGAACCCCGAUUUGACGAAAUUGUUUUCCUUUUUCACACAUCUCCCUGGGGAUGACGGUAGUUUUUAUCAUUUGCGACUCGGGAGUGGAUGGAACUCGGCUCUAGACAGCUAUCUUUUCCAUGCGCUCUGCGGACCGGCGGCAGGCAGAAGUGCGGUGGUUCCUCAUCUCCUCUCUUCCCUUCCUUUCAAUCAAUCCGCCUCGUCUCCUCUAGAACGGGUCUGUGAGGAGGUCUGCACCUUUGCGUCCACCCAACACCACUACAUCCGUCAGCCAUGGUACGGGUGCAAUACCUGUGGGCUUAUUACCAAUCAUGGGUCCUGUCAUCUUUGCGCCAAAGUGUGUCACAGUGGACACGACUUAGUGUAUCAGAACACCAGCGAGUUUUUCUGUGACUGUGCAACUGAAAUGGGACAGGUGGGAAGGUGUCACUCGAUGAUGAGAAGAGUGACAGGCGGUAGAGAUGGAAUACUGAGGAAUUUCCUGCCCUGGACCAAUGUCACCUGCUUCCAGUCGUCUGUCCACGACGAGACCUGUGAGCUGAUCCUUAAAGCUGCCUACCGUCACCCCCCUGUUAAUGCUGAGGUCGCCUUAGCCGGCCCACCCCUUAAUCCCCUCUCUACCACCACCUCGGCGACAAACACUAGCAACACGGCCGCUCCGAUGGUUUCUACCUGCUCCUCUUCCGUCACCUUGGCUACCACUACGACCACUGCUGCUCCUGCUUUACCUCCUCGUAACAGCGAGUGGAUAACAGUCGAGUCUGGCUCUAGCGAUGCUAACAUAAUCCACCGGAUACGUCGGGCCGGAGCCCUCCGCCGACGUCCCGGCCUAGUUGCCUCCAAGUCUACUUCUCGUGAAGGCGGUAGUGGCGGUGCCCCCGUUGGCACUGCCCCCGUCAAUUCUCAGCCUCCAAUCGAUCUUGUUCCCUGCCUCUCAGUCGUUUACGGUCUCAAUGGCGAAGGGGCGUGGAGUAAGAAGCUGAAUCUCUGGGUUAUGGACCCCGAGGCUCCUAGACGGCGAGCUAUUGAAAGCUUUCAACGGAAAUUUGGGCACAGGCCACAGCCCUUCAUUGAAGCUGUCGUCGAUCGUCUUCGAAGUCAAGUGUCUAGGCUGAACGAACCUAAAGUGAAUCAUAUUUUGGGGUUAAUCAAGUCACAAGCGAUGUUCAGAUUAGGCCGUAAUCUCCUAAGAAGGGAACUCACUCCUUUGCUUCAUUCUGCGACUGCCUCUUUUGCGGAUGUAUUCAAAAGCAUAGCAGAACCGGAAAACCUACACUCCUCUGCUAUUCAGCAUCUCACUUCGGCCAAUCGUAAAUCCCCUCACCGAAUCAUCAUCUCUUCGCGUAUCGUGACGCCUGUGCUGCUUCUUGAUUCCGAGUACGCGUCGGCAGCAAAGGAGAUUCUGCAAUUGCUUUCUCCAUUACCUCAAUCACCCAUUCCAUCUCCAUCCACCACCUCGAUUGCAGCCCCAAAUCUCUCAUCUGUACCCUCUACUCGCGGCUCCUCUGUCACCGGUGGACGCCAACGCAAACCCGCAACUGACCUUACUUCCUUACACCAUUGGAUUGCUGAUGUUUUUGCCCCUCGACGUAGCCACCACCUAUUCGACCAUUCAACUGUUGUCUCACCAUCAAUGCCCUCAGGAUCAACAGGUAUUGAAGGCCGAACUGAGAAUUCGAACGCUACCGAUGCUAUUGCAGCCCUCACCCGAGUUCCCUCCAUAUGUGGGUGGCGACACUACCUUCUCAUCGCAAUGGCGCUGCCAUCGCCUUCUCCUGCCUCCCGGUCUCGCGAAGAGGGCUCAGUGAGCGUCUUCCAAGUAGAUGACCUUUUUUCCACUGCAGCAGCAUGUCAGGAGAGUGUGGAAGGUGCUGUGAGGGUUGUGUCUGAAGCAGCACGAGACACAUCCUCUCCACCAGAGCUGCGAAGUUUUGUGGUGCGCCUCUCCACUCUUCCACGAGUAAGCAAAAUCAAUUGUGGAUUUGAGGUCACGCGACUGGCAGUGCAUCCGACGAAUGAGGCAAUGUUCACAGCUAACAACCGGCAGACGUGUGUCUUGUUUGGCCUCUCACCCUUAGGCCAGGUCUGCGGACGCUUACUCAUAAACCCGCUAAUAGAGACUAAAGAUGAAUUCAUAAUUAAGCCAGUCUGGUUGCCCGGGUCGUCGCGGUUCAUCGCGUUGCUGACCACGAAUUCUGUUCAGAUCUUUGAUGUCUUCACAAAUUCGCCCAAGCUGCUGUACUACUUCAAGCCAGUGGAAGGGAACUUCGUUGAUGCCACCUUCAUCCACGCUCCAAGGAGGCGUAAGGGCAUCGCUAAUUCCAAGGAUCCCACGGAUUCCACAAUUGACAGUUACCACUUUUCUGAUGUUAUUCUGGUUGUUAUGGCCACAUUCGGUUCCAUGAUGCUACAGCGUCUACUCCUAACGACGCGCGUAAGUCAGGGCCACUUCUACCUGGCAGAGAGCCUUGAUUGGGAGAGUGCAGGCUUGUGCGAACUCGAUGGAACGGAGGCUGGUUCAUUAUCACUAGAUUCGCUGCGCAACUCCAGUACCGCUACCAUGGCCGAGGGAGGAGCCAGUGUCUUCUACGCUCCAAGUCUACACCUCCUCUUACAUUCUUACAACUCUGGUCACACAUUUGCUACUGCCAUCAGUUUUUUGGAUGAAGGGGAAGUGAAAGUGAACCACUCAUUCCUCAUCACUGGAGCCAAGGUCUCAUCAAGCUCUAGCUCAACUCCGGUCCCCUCGACACUGCCACAAUCGAAGGAACCUACUGAUAGUUCAACGUGGAGCGGACCGCUCCAUGAUUGGGCGGAGGUUCUUGAGCACCCAGGCAUUCUCACAGCCACAGCGACUGAAACCACCACCACGAGUAGUGGGACCUAUAGUCUACGUCGUAGUUUAGUCAUAGCAGUGGAGCCAGAUACAAUUUGGAUCCAACCAUUGCCUCUGGAAGCCCAAAAGCCCCUCUCAAAAUCAACAGAAGAGGCAAAUAUUCCUGCUUCUGGAGUUUCAUCAAAGCCUGAUGGGAAAUCUGAUGGCGAAAUUUUAUCCCCCUCACCUGUGGCUGCAUCUCUAACUAGAUACUGGAGUGGCACCCAAACCUAUGAGCCUCGUCUCUUUACCCUUCAAAUCUCGCGAAGCAGUUCUGUUCAAGUAUUCGUUGGACCUCCCGCAUCUCGAACAAUUGACACACUCCCAGCUGACUCCUCCUCCUGCCAAGCAGAGGAAGCCACUUUCAUCACGAAACAUAACCUUCUCCCUACCCUGCCUGGACAGUUCUGGCUGCAACCAGCCCUGGUUUACCGGGAGCCAUAUUCCGACUUCAGAACCAAAGCUGUGGAGGUUCCGGUAAUGCUGGAAGAUCUCCUUCUUUGGGACGUCUCUGCCAAUAACAUGGUUCCCAGUUUCGGCAAACCCGAAGCUGCGACCAUCCGCGAUUUUUCCAGUUAUGCACUGAGUGCCUUGCCUGCAUUGAGAAUUAUUCUGGAAAGAAGUGAAACUGGCUCUCAGCUACCAUUCUGCGAUUUUCAUGAGUGGGCCUCAAUUAGUGAAAAUGUGAACUUCUACAGCCGUGAUCUGAUGAGUAUCUAUAAUCAUGAGACGUUGAACCACCGCCUGAAACGUGAAAGCAUGCCGGUCACUUUUUCGGGCCGUAGCUCCACUUCCUUGCCGCAGAGCCUCAACUCAAGGGACGUCGCUUUCGUGAUCGAUAUUGAAGUUCUAAGACCGGCAGAAGAAGUAAUUGUGGGCUUGCGGAUAGGACUGACCGAUACCUGCCGCCCGCGAUUCCUCUCGGUUUACGAUCGUGUGUUCACUCUUGACACAGAUAAGAGGAGCGACAAGAAGAAUCAGUUGAUGUUCAUGGACUUGCCCCUCAAGUUGUCAGAAAUACUGCAAGUCGGCUCCGAAGAAACUCCCACUAAGGAAUUUGAACCGGUUCGAUUGUAUGUCGGGCAAAGUCAGCACUCCGACUCACUUACCAGCAUCGAUCGUAUUCUCGUGUAUACUGUGCCCCGGUCUCUCAUUGAUCCCUCUCUCCUCGUCUCCCAUGACGGUAUUAAUGCUCAAAAUCAGCGAGCCACAAACAUUCAGGAGCUGAUGCUACGUUUUAGUAACAAGGAAUCUCGAGUUGCUCGCUACAACACUUACUUGGUGAGGUGGUUUGAUCGUUUGAUGACGUCGGGCUUUGUCACCACCAUAGCCACUCUACCGGCUCAGAGUAGGGGUGGUGUCUGUGAGUUCACCACGCCGGUGUACGAUAAUGUGGGCGAUCUCAGUUCUUGUAUAGUUGCUUCAGUAACUGACUUCUUCCAGUCUGCGAUCGCUUUUGCUCAGGAAACUGCAAAGUUUACUUUUGAGGAGCUCCAACCGUUUUUCGCGUCUGCAUUGAGCAAGUCCCUUUUGGAGGCAUUCGUGCAUCCUCACAGCAAUACUGCGUGCACUGUUACCGACCUUAUCCGCCUACAUUCCCUCUGUGAUAACGAAGACUCUACUACCUCUCUCAUUUCUCCUAAUACCAUUAUCUCCUCUCUAACCUCGGACUUUCUCAGCGUUCUCACUUCUUUCCCUGCUACUCCGCGUCUCUCUGCCUCUGCUAAAGCUAUCGCACAAUUCUCCCGUGUCUGGCAAAUGGCUCACGAGUACGGGGGUGGCGUCAGCGCGAGUGCCCCGAAUGAUCUUACGAUCAAACUUUUCACUGUUCUACAGAAUCAGCUGCUGUUCUCGGAGGAGGAAGUUCUGCUUCCAGAUAUGUUCCAGCAGGUGAAUACGCUCUGGGUAAAGUUGCUUCAGGGUCUCUUGAAAGUGGCAAUCUUUGUGUUAGCAGAAUCGUGCUGCAACAACCCUUCCACACCUUCCUCACUGGUUCCUGUAAUAGGGGACAUCAUUAUUCGUCUUUUGACUCACAAUCAAUCCCAAAUCGCUUGUAACACGAGAGACAUUCUCUGCAGUAUCCUGGUUUGUCUUUUUUCUGGCAAUCACCGAAUCGCCAAGCAUUUCUUUUAUUCUCCUUCACCCUCACGCUCGGGUCCAUCUAUGUCUUCUCAAUCACGAAAAACUUCUCCAUCUAGCCAGAAGAAAGGGAAAGAGGAGGAUUCUCGGAAGGGCUCUGUUGAUAAUGUUGGUGAUGAUGAUGAUGACGACGAUGACGAUACUCUCGGAGGUGGUGAAGGUAGUGGAGGCUCAAAAAAUACUACCUCAACCGGUAAUUUUCGUUUGCGGCGCAUCCGAUGUCCCCGCUUUGUAUCGAAGAGGCAAGGUAACCUAGGUUCUACCUCUUUCGUUACCUCUUCCGUCAACAAUAAUGAGAGUAGCGCUGGUGUUGGUGAAGUAGACGAUGGCAACUUGGAAGAGAUUGGUCGGACUCUCAAUGAGAUGUUACAGUUCAUUGCAUCAGCAACUAACAUCUUAGGUAAUGAUGCCGAUGAUGAUGAGGAUGAUGAUGAGGAAGAAGAUAACCAGGAAGGUGCUGUCAGAGCGGCUGAAUCACUCCGUCAAAGGUGGGAUGGUGCACUUUCUCGAUACCAGUCGUUGCGAGAGGCUGUAGACGAAUUAAGACGCAGUUUUGGGUCUCGCCGAAGGGGGAGACCGUCAGCGACCGUAGUGUUUGAUGCCAAUGAUCCUAUUCGCUUCAUGGAUGAGUUAAGUGAAUUUGAGGAUGAUACUCAACAUAAUCGUGGAGAGGCAGAGAACAGUCAGGAGGAGUCCGAAGCUGAAUUGGCACGUAAAUAUGGGUUGUUUGGUGAUGACGAUGGUGUGGAAGGUAGUGGAGCCAAUGGAAAUGAUGGCAAUGCUGAAAAUGCAGAUGGUGAUGAGAUGAAAGAGGCGUCUACUGAUGAAGACAACGAUGAAAAUGAUGGUGUUGGCAAUGGUGAGGGUAAAAGUGGCAAUAGCGAGGGUGAAAUGGAAGCCGCUCAAGACGCUGACGAUGACGGCGACUCCGACAUGGCCAGAGACAUCUUCCAAUAUGUGGUGGAUUUGCUCUCCACACAUCCCAUUGACUCGGAGACGGUGGGGAACACAGCUCAAGAGACAGUGAGCGCACAAGAUUCGUCCGUUGCGUCGCGGUCUCGUGUAGUGUCCCGUGAUAACGAAGGCGGCGGGGGAAGUAGCUCUAGCGGAAAUGAUACAUUGUCUCACGAAUUGGGUCUUUUUGAUACUGCUUUUUUGGAAAAUAUCGAUGAGGACGUGCUCAUGAAUCUAGCCCUUCAACGAAGCAUUCGGGAUCAGGGCGGUCCAGGCACUGCUGCUUUAUUGGAAGAGCAGGCGACUCAAUUUAGAGUUUCUCCACAGUCUGUCGAUGAAUCACCACUAGCAGUCAUGACAACAACGACAAAUGCUUCGAAUUCAAUGGAUGCCGUAGUGACGCCGGCGGCUAGAUCAGCAGUUUGGACCCAAGUGUUUCCGGCAAGCAGGCCUGGUGUCGAAGUUGCGUUUGAAUUUUUUGAUUUUCUAACUGUCGGUCGAAAAACUAGCAAUGAGUCAGCAGGCAGUGAGCUCUCCGAAGGUGUUCUGGCCGACCUCUUUGAAGAUAUGGAUGCCACUCCCACCGGCCUUCCAAGCACCCCUACUAGUUCCUGUGCCAGUUGGGGCUUCUCCUCUCACAUUGAUUCCUUGGACGAUAAUGAAAACGAUGGUGGUAGCGAUAAAGCUAGUGACAGUAGUGACGAGGAAGAUGAUGAAAACCAUGAAGAUAAUAACUCUACCCCGCCUUCAAGUCCUCCACCUGACCCUCCAAGCGGUACUCAGAGCUUCCUGCCACGUGAUAGGCAGAGUCUAACGGCAGCUCGGGCCUGCAUCGCAUUCAUGGGCCACCUCGUGACUGCCUGGGAGAAGGUGAUAGAUGUGAGUGACGAGGCAGAGGCAGAAGAUAGCAAACGGCUGAUGCCCCUGAUGCAGACCACCUUCACGCUUUGCCGCCUGCUGGAGGCCAUCGCGCAGUGCUCGGAAAUAUCGGAGCUUGAGGAAUCUCUUAAGAAAACAGCUGAUGUAGCAAGGACCACUUUGACAGAUCUUGUGACAACACUAGCCACCAGCCUCCUCCGUCUUCAUCGCCAUUUUCAACAAUCUGAAACUCCACUAAGCACCUUGUUUAAACCUACACCGCGCUCUGAGCGCCUUCUUCUUGUGGCCAGCCUACUAGCUCGAAUUCUUUCCAUCUCCUCUACAUCGGGUACUAUGGACAUUGAUAAGAACAACGAAAACGGUGACAGCAGUGGAAGUGAGGAGGUCAUUAAGACCUCGCCCACUGCCCGUCUGGUAGGUAAAACGGUCCUCAGCGGACUUGCUGACCUUACCUCAAGCGAAAGUCUUUUCGCCAAGUGCAUGGACGCCUGUUUGAGCGUUGUGGAGGCCCUUUCUGCGAAGUGGGAGAAAAGUCAUACCUGGCUCCUUGGUGAGAACAUGUCUUCCAGCGCUUUAGUCACCACUACAUCAGGUCGCCGGAGCCAUCGCAAUAACGGGGCUUUUAAUCUGCCUUAUCUCACAGCCGGCCUUCUUCAGUGCGCUCGCAGUGUCAAUUUCUCCAGUCUCACCAAUGGUUUUGGAGUAGGGCUGACGAACUGUGCACCCAUCUUGGAUGCCCAAGCUUCUUUAGUUCACCUACACGCUCCGCUUCACGUAGACUUCGAUCUCCAACUUACUGAGGCCGCUGUUCGACUAGCCAUCUCCCUCUUUACUUGUGUUCGUGCUGGAGAAUCAAGGAAGGAAAUUGAUGGUGAACACGAAGAGCUGAAAAAGAGGUGGUGCGCGUUGGUGUACAACCUAUUGCAGUCUCUCACUUCUGAGUCAUCCUCUUUUACCGAGUCAGUAUCUACAACAGCAGCAGCGUCUUCUCCUUCGAAAAUGAGCUCAAGCGUGCCUAUCAUUACUCGAUUGGUGGGACUUAUGCGUUCACUGCUGGUCUUCCUGGUGGGACAUAAACAUUAUCGUCAGUUGAAAGACAUCCAUCUUCUGAGUCAAUCGCUUAUUCGAAUGCGUGGUGUGUACGAAAUGAGCUUAGAGCAGGUGGGCAACGCCGAUGCCGCUUCUCCUUCAUCCUUCUACCCGCUGUCCCUCUCUUAUCCUAGCGAGUGUCUCAUGCUUAACUGUAUCAACACAUGCCUUGAUGUCGCACUAUCUGACCGUUCCUCAUGGCAACGUCUUUGUUUAAGGAAACUGGAUGAUCUGAUCUUCAUGCUGAAGGCGAGUCUUCGUGUUCGCGAUAUCUUAGCCCUUGGUCUCUUGACCCUAGUCCUUGUGGCGAUUCUUCCCGACGCCCAACAGGCCAAAUUGGGCAUGGCUACUUUUGGCGGUGCGCUUUCGUCACCGUCUACAAAAACAGUGGGAGGCAAUACAAGUGGAUGCUCUGCCACCACCAGCUACGCCAACAAAUUGGUUGUUAAGGUGGGUCGGCUGCUCCUUGCAAUGGAUGGUGAGGAUAGAAUCAAAAACCCUUCUACCUUCCUCCUCAACUUCGUCCGAGGGAACGUCUGUUGCCGUGCGGAUCAGCGAAUUCGUUGCACUGCCUCCCUCAUCAUGGCUGCUCUUGUUAGGUACAGCGAAGAUGACUCGUUCUCCACACUUCUACUGCAGCAUCUGCCUAAGCUGUGGUCGGAGCUGCCCAGUUAUGCACUCUAUGGUGACGAAUUCGUUCUUCUCUCCUCCUUCCUUUUCAAACGCCAUCCAAAGUGGUCAGGUACUCCGCCUUUCUGUGAACGACUUAUGAACCUUCUUCUCUCCCAACUCAACGCGAUCGCAGAGCACCCGCUGCGCGAUAUCUAUAAGGACGUUCUUAGAGGUCACAGUGUUUCCGGUAUUGCAACCAGUGCCACGCGCCAUGCAGAUGAUCCGCCACUCCCCGGACUACACUUGCCACCCAAUUUCAUUUCUACUGCUAUACCCGCCUACAUGCCAGGCAUAAUCGUCUCUAAUCUAGUUGGUUGUCCCUUCGACUCUGAGCCUUGUUUGCUUUGCAAUCACCCUGUACUAUCCUCUCUCCCUUACGUCUAUUUCCAAUGGAACUCCUCCACACCCUCCAGAAGACGCGGAAACACAUCGACUACCUCUUCCACUGGUGGUGGUGCCCAGGGUAGUACAAGUGGGGGCGCAGGAAGCGCUACAGCUUUUACUAGCGUCUAUCCUAUGCCCACUUACAGUUCAGAGAGUAGACUUACAAAUACUUCCCACGUGGUGACUUAUGCUCAGGCUGCUGCAUCCGCAGCCGCUACCAGCACUCCGGUUGGCACCACCGCGCUUAUUCAGCCCACAUCCACUCCUACAGCCGUUCCUCCAGUAAUUGAUUUGGAACCACCGACGUGGGUAUCUCCCAACGUACACAUAUUCUCCCUCCUCGACACUUGGGAGAUCGCUAGCAUUGGUGUGCGUUUCAUGAUUCCUGGUCCUGGUUUGCGCCACGUUCGCACCCUUAACAUCUUUACCUCUGACGCUUUCGAGUGUCCACCCUCUCGUCUCAUGCAAGCGCGGCAUCUAUGGCGCAGAUUAGUUCAAGUUGACAUUCCUCCCACUAAAUACAUUGUGAUGGUUCAUCUCGCCGCUGAGACGGACAUUGUUUUACCCGUUACACAAGAUCCUCCGCCUGAUGCCUCCAGUACUGUGGAAGUUCGACUCUCUGAGGGUCUUCCACUCACUGCCAAUAGUCUUAUCUUUCACUACGCCGCAUUUCACGGAUCCGAGGAGGGUGAGGGAGGAGAUGGAGACGCUGAGGGUGGGGGAGAGAAGCGUAAUAGACGGCGGCACUGUUGUCGUUGCAAUGCUACCAUUCUCCAGGGCUCAACGUGCCAGAACUGCAAGCAGAAUGGGAAUCAGUGCUCUCGAUGCUUAUUCAUCAAUCUCAGUGAUGAGGAAGUCUUCCUAUGCACUAAGUGCGGGUCCUCCAAUUAUAACUUUAUGAACUUUUUCAUGCUGGCGCGACCCAAUUUCUUCCAUGUGAGUCGUUUGCGUGAUGAUGAGGAUCGCCGAGUGGCACUCUCACAGAUCGUAAGGCUGACAGAGGAGUUGAAUACUCAACUGGCAUCUUUGGGACUCACUCGAAAACACCUCUUCGAAUCUGUUGCUGUGGAUCGCCUCCCACCAUUGCAAACUCCGGAAAUCUUAGCACCUUUAUUCUGGCCCAGGGAUCAUGUUCUCAAAAGCGUAUAUGAAGCAGAACGUGUGCAACAAGCAGCUUUUCCACUGGUCUGCCGACUAUGGGCGUUGCGUCAGGCGGUUUCCAUCUAUGACGGUCGAUGUGCUGCUAACUCGAUGGAAGUCACUGGCUCCGACCCUCCCAUUGCCAUUGGCAUUAACAGCAACGGCGGUGAUGAUCGAUGUCUCCGCUGUGUAGAAGCUGCUAUCUGUCUGAUUAUCAACAUGGCUAGCACUUUCCCACCCUCUAUCUUCUCUUUGGAGGCUCGAAAGGAGUGUAUUAGUAAGGGUCUACCGCUGGCAUACAGUCUUAGCCCUGUCACGCAAAUGAGACUGGUCGGAUUUUUGAAUCACAUUACUUCAAACUCAAUAGCAUUGAUUAACCAUCUUGGCGAUAACAUAGUUGAGCCCCUAUUGGCUAUGUCAGGGAGCGAAAAAGUGAUGUUCGACUUCGAACGUUCUACCUACUUCAAUGUUUUAUCAUUGGAGAGGAGCGUUAAGUCCAUUGUCUCAACAACACCUCCUUGUGGUGUGGAUACUGAUUACUCUUGCCGGGAGGCGCGUUUGCGCACUAUUUUCCGCCUUCUCCUUGACCUGACUCGGGUACAUCAGGAAAGACUGAGAAAUGGAGAGUUAGGAUCGGUAGCGCCUCCCAUUGCAGUAACGGAGUUUAUCCUCGUUGUGUGUGUUCAAUUCCUCAGUGACCUCUUUGUCCUCCCUGAUACCUUAAAGAAUUGGUGGUGGGAAAGGGAGGCCGCUAGCUUUCGCCUCCCUAGGGUCAAUUUUGAGGCUUGGAUGCGUGGAGAUGCGGCUGCAUCCUUCAUGAUUUGGAGACAGCAUUAUCAAUUGGCAGCUGAGAUGGCAAAGAUUGAAAAACGCGUGAGGAAACACAUUGCUUCCACCGCCACUCGCGAACUCACUCUUAGCGCUCGCUUUGCCCUCCGCUGGCGACGCAAAACGGCGCAAACCAAACUUCCUCCCCUUCUUGGCCAUCACGAGUCAGUCGUCAGUCCUGGUAGCUGGUUGACGCCCAUCCUCUUUCAUUCUUUCGCUUCGCGUCAAUAUAUGUCACAUCAGGAUUCUGGUCUCAGUCUCUUGACCAAACUCUGCCUUGAUACCUCAAACACCUCGUCAAACCGCUCGGCUGAAUGCCUCUGUUAUCUAGCUUCACAAUGCGUGCCCCACCUUGAUCACUUGGUACGCGCUAAUCGGGGCUCGGGUCUGACUGACGAAUCAUUACGUGUCAAUCCACUGGUGAUGCUCAUGUGGGAUCUGACCUCAGGUAGCACUAUGAAAGGGGCGGGUAUGAUGCAGCGGACUCAACGUAGCUGCUCUGCUUUCGCGCCACAGAACACUACUGCUACGGCUGCGACUACAACUGCACCGAUAAAUGGGGAGGGAUCGAUGACGCCCCUUCCUAUGCGUCCUGCUUCUAGGAGCCUGUUUUUCCUUGCACACACAGACCAUGUGGGGACGCUGCUAGAACGAACUCUGACUACUCUCUCCUCUAUUGAGGGCGUGGGAGAUGGUGACAGGCCGUCGCUACCGCCACUGCGCAAUUGGACCGACUGCCUCCCUCCCCAACUUUCUCCAAUCAGUGGGAGCAGUGCUGCACCCAGUGCCAAUCCCGGCUAUACUUUGAUGCACAUUGCGGACCUUUUGGCCAUCCUCCAGCCUCUGAACGGUCUGGCACUAGAACACCAAGAUCGACUCUACUCCUACCUCCUCCACGCCAUUGUCAGUCUGCAGUCUCUGAUCUAUCAGCGCACCGCCUACACUGUUAAGGCAGAACUUCUCUUUAAGGAGUUAUUGCAACAGCUUAUGCAGAACGCCUCGGCACGCGCUCCUGACCUCAUUCGUAUCACCAUGGACUACCUUGUCCAAUGUCCCAUGCAAACGGAUGACCAAAACUCUGCCGUCUUCCUGCUGAAACACAUUUGUGCCUGCGCUUGCCCCCUCCCUACGGAUGUUGCACCCUUUCCAGUUCGAAUCUCUGUGUGGCGAGAUCAAGAAGAAUAUCUCUUCGUGAGGCGUGUGCGUGAGGUGGUUAUGUCAAACACUCGCGGUUUUGGUCCCACAAUCUCUGAUGUGAUCAAUUACAUCUGUGCGGAGAACAAUCUGACCACAGACAUGCGAUUGGAAGUGGUCUGCGAGAAUGCUAUCCUCAUGCCUCAGUUACUACUGGAGGAUGUCUACAAGUACCUCUGGCUCCAAAAUCCCAAUAAUGCGAAUAAGGCGAUGGAGUUGAUCUACAGAAUUCCGGGACUGGAGGCAGAUAAUUUGCCUUACAUCUCCCGCCUACCUCAUCCUGCUAUCCCCGAGGAGGAGUACUCCCGACUGGCCAUACUUGCGGAGUAUCCGCAGGGCCUAGCGGUCAUUCUCAACCGUUUAGACGAAGUGAAAGACGCUUUGAAGUGUCGCGAUCUUCUCCAUGUCAGUGUCCAUCUGCUGGAGUACUGUCUUAAGGUACCGCAAUGUCAAGCCUGUCUCGUGGAUCCGCAGUACCGCGCGAUUCCCAUCCUCAUGGACGCCCUAUAUGCCUGUCUGCAGGUCAUGCAUCAAUCAACGAGCGACUUUCACGACCAGGUGACCUCUCGCCUCGUGGGUGUGUUGACUACCCUCCUUCACAGUACAACUACCACAUCCUCUGACGCCGACUCUCUUGGUUUGUCGCGCCUCCUGUCAUGCCUCGCUCUCCAUCCAGACCUUGAGGUAGUACAGUCCGGUGUAGCAAAGUUGCCGGGCCUUUUGGCAUUCGGUGCGGAGCCUCGCAUGACUGCCAUUGUCGAUUUUCUCCGCCAACAUGUCGUUGAGCCGCUACUGACGUCACCUCAAGACUCAGAAGAUAAACCAAGAACCACCACUAACACAAACCUGCUGCAGUGUUGUUGCGCCCUCAUAACCGCCAUUCCUUUCAAUACUUUGCAUGGUCGGCGUCUACGUGCUCGAGUGGUCAGUGAUCUUGCUCUACUAGAGUUGUGUGUGACCUACCUGUGGAGAAUUAUUCCGUUGGAGGUGUUGGAUCAGUCAGAAGAGAGCACUUUGGACCCUUCAAGUUCUGCCGAAAUCUUUUGGAUUAUUGGUAGCUCAACCCACCCUUACUUUCUCCCUUUCAGUACCAAGAAUCCCGCUUUGUCCGUUUUCCUUUCCGACGACACUCUGCCCUUUGUGCUGCAACUGCUUCGCGGCUGUGUGUGGACAGUGUCCAACCCAGAGGAGGAUCCUCCCCCUCCACCCUUUCCAGGUGCUCCUGAAGGUCACACUACGCGGCAACUGCUAGCCUUUCUGCACAAAUUGGAGGACUCUAAAUCUGUUGGCCGUGUGGGUCUGUUGAGCGAAGAUCUACUCAAUGAGUGGGUUGCUGCUGGUGGUAGUGAAGAUAGUCUCAUCCCCGCCUCCACUGCCGAUCUCACCACAACUUCGGAGGUGGUGGCCACAGUACGGGAAUUGCGAACCCUUUCAGAACAGCGUCAUCGACGCAAUGCGAGGGAAUGUAGAGAGAAGUAUCUCCUCUCGCUUAACAUGAAGGUCAAUGAGAAGGGACAGGUGGCCAUGACAACAGCGAGCAAAUUGGCGGAAAUGGCAGCCCAAGUAUUGGAGGAGACGGGUCUUCAAUGCGCCAUCUGUCACGAGGGUCCACGUUCAUCGCCGCGCGAAGAGUUGGCCAUCUACGUCUUCAUUCGACGUUGCAAACUAGAGGAGUCACUGGUAGAUGUUGGCUCUACAUCUACGGCCUCCGUGAUUUCCACUCAGGUAGUAUCGUCAUCUGCCGAUAACAACUCCGACUCGGAAGGAUACACAACUGUUUCCAGUUUCGUAGUGGUUCACUUCGAGUGCCACUCAAAGGCGGUACAGGCGUCAAAUCAGAAUGAGUGGAGUGUGGCUACCCGGCACAAUCGAGAUGCCCGGUGCAAUUGCUUUCUGCCCGUCCUCAUGAACGAGGUUGGGCCCGAUGUCGCCAUAUCGGAUGACAAGAAAGACGAAAAAGCGGAGACAGGGCGAGGUGGAGGAGAGGAGGGUAGCAAUGAGAGCAUGGAUGAUCUCUACGCUAGACGAGUUUCCACCUACGCAACCUGUGUAAAUAUGCUGGUCUCCCUCCCUGUCUCAACGCAGCUGGUCGUGCACGACAUCAAGUUGUUGCUGCUGCGUUUCGCACACCAACGCUCCUUCCACGGCGAGACGGGAGGUGGGGCAGCGGAAAGUAACCUUAACCUCAUUCCCCACCUUAUGCAGGCAAGUCAUCUGCUUUCAAUCCCUUUUCCUUUGCCUCCUUGGAGAGUUUUAUCACUGCUCUAUUUCUCUCACUUCGUACAGUUGGCCUUCUUCCAGAUGAAGAAAGAACAGUCGAUGGAGGCACAGGAAUCCAUCUUAAUGGGAGUGCUAGAAAAACCUGAAUCCCAGUCCCUCAUCAUACCAGUUUCUAGUUACUACAAGGGUAUUAAAUGUUUCGAUUCUCUCCUUUGUCCCAGUUGGAGCAGUGCGUGCUGGGAGCUGACCGGUCCACUGUACAGCGCAGUGGUUGCACUCCACUUGCUGCCACGGGAGAAGUGGAAUCAGCACCGGGUCUCUCUGCUACGUCACCUUAUGGCUCUUGCGCACGCUCGAGCAGCUGACGGAACUGGUUUCGCAGAACACCCUGCCUUUACCGUCUACAAGCCCUACCUCCUUUUCUUUGGCCUCAUUCAGGCCUUCUACGAAUACUUCUUCAAGAGCGUCAAGGCGCCAGUCCAACAGAGGUCAUGCGGUCGUUGGUGGCCGGAUGCUGUGUCGAAGUACAUUCGUAGUUCGGACGAGCAGCUACUUGCAGCAACACCCGAAUUGCUGAGUUUCUUUGAAAAUGAUCUCUCGCCUAUCGAGUCGGUGGAUGAGUUCCUUGAUGUAGUGGGUGGGUUGCUCUAUUUUCUCUUAUACUCUCUCAUCUCUCCCGCGGCCUGCCUUACUGUGGGCUGUACUUUUCUUGUAAUCGCUGUAGGAAUGUUUGGCGAGAUUGACGCCCAGGAGCUGAUCCAACUGGCCACCACGGGAUCUCGGUAG